AUGAAGGUCAAAACAACAUAUGCUGUGUAUGGCUUGUUGGCUGCCGCUGUCGAAGGUGCUCCUGUCGUCGACACCACCUAUGACUACACUGGUCCGGCGAUACCCGUGGGUGACUGGGUUGACCCCACGGUCAAUGGCAACGGCAAAGGAUUUGCUCGGCUUGUAGAGCCACCAGCAGUGACGCCGUCGACAAAGAAUCCGACCAACAACGUCAACGUUAUUCAGCUGUCCUACUUACCGAAUGGCAUCAACAUCCAUUACCAGACACCUUUUGGCUUGGGAGUGUCUCCGACCGUCUUCUGGGGGACCACAGCUGGCAAGCUGGACCGCAAAGCCCAAGGCUACAGUCGCACAUACGACCGCACACCUCCAUGUUCUUUGGUCGCCGUGACCCAAUGCAGCCAAUUCUUCCACGACGUUCAGAUCACAGGUCUUGACCCUGGGACGACUUACUACUACCAGAUUCCGGCCGCCAAUGGCACAACAACAUCCCAAGUCAUGAGUUUCUCUACGGCCCAGGCAGCGGGCGACGAGACUCCAUUCUCCAUGGCCGUGCUCAACGACAUGGGCUAUACCAACGCCAUCGGCACAUUCAAGCACUUGACACAGGCCGUCGACGAGGGUAUCGCUUUCGCCUGGCACGGAGGAGAUCUAAGCUACGCUGAUGACUGGUACUCGGGCAUUCUACCAUGCGAAAGCGACUGGCCCGUGUGCUACAAUGGCACAUCAACACAAAUUCCUCCUGGAGACUACCCCACUGACUACAAUGAUCCUUUGCCAGAAGGAGAAGUGCCGAACCAAGGGGGCCCUCUCGGCGGCGAUAUGAGCGUCCUCUACGAAUCCAACUGGGAUCUCUGGCAACAAUGGGUCGGCAAAGUGACCAACAAGAUUCCAUACAUGGUGAUGCCAGGAAACCACGAAGCGGCAUGUGCCGAGUUCGACGGGCCCGGAAACCCUCUCACAGCCUAUCUGAACGACGACAAGUCCAACGCGACAGCCCCAGAGACUAAUUUGACGUAUUACAGUUGUCCACCAUCACAGAGAAAUUUCACUGCAUUCCAGUACCGCUUCUACAUGCCGGGCGAAGAGACCGGAGGGGUCGGCAACUUCUGGUACUCAUUUGACUACGGCACUGUCCACUUCAUCGCCCUCGACGGUGAGACAGAUUUCCCGCAUAGUCCGGAAUAUCCGUUCGAAGCCGACCUCAAAGGCAACGAGACCCACCCGACCGAGUACCAAACGUACAUUACCGACAGUGGUCCUUUUGGCACCGUGGACGGACCAUACAGUAAAGUGCAAUCCUACCAACAAUACCAGUGGCUCGUCAAGGAUCUCGAGAGCGUGGACCGCACCAAGACACCUUGGGUGAUCGCCAUGAGUCAUCGACCGAUGUACAGUUCCGAGACGUCGAGUUAUCAGAAAUACAUCCGUAACGCCUUCGAAGCAUUGCUUCUCGAACAUGAAGUCGACAUGUAUUUGGCAGGGCAUAUCCACUGGUACGAACGGCUCUGGCCCCUAGGAGCAAACGGAACAAUCGAUUCUUCGUCUAUCAUCGGAAACAAUACGUACCUUACCAACCCAGGCACCUCGAUGACGCACAUCAUCAACGGCAUGGCAGGCAACAUCGAAUCGCACAGCACGCUCGACGCCGACGAACCCAUCAAGAACAUCACGAACGUUCUGGACCAGGAACACUAUGGCUUCAGCAAACUGACCGUCUACAACGCCACGGCCUUGAAGUGGGAAUUUAUCCGUGGCGACGGUGCGGGUGUGGGGGAUUCACUGACCUUGUUGAAAAGGGGAUGUUACAAACUCUGA